AUGUCCAAGUGCUCUUUUUGUAAUUCCACGGUGGAAUAUUUGGGUCACCUUAUUGCUGACGGUUUAUUGAAGGCGGAUCCUACUAAAAUUGAGGCGAUGACGGCAUGGCCCGUGCCCAGGACCGUAAAGCAGUUGAGAGGCUUUUUGGGUCUGACAGGAUACUAUAGGAGAUUCAUUGCUCAGUAUGCCUUAAUUGCCGCCCCGCUCACUGACCUCCUAAAAAAGGAGGCAUUUUGCUGGUCGCCCGCCGCGGAGGAGAGCUUCCUCGCCUUGAAACUGGCGAUGACUAAGGUGCCAGUGCUUAGGUUGCCCGAUUUUGAGCGACCUUUUUGUGUGGAGACAAAUGCAUCUGAUUCGGGCAUUGGGUUCGUUUUAUUAUAG